AUGGGGCCUCAGUCGGUGUAUGAGCCGUUUGACCGUGUGUGGGUGCGGAUGGAGGGGUACGACUGGUGGCCCGCCCGCAUCGUCAGCGACGAGGAGCUUCGCGCGAACGGCCAGAGCCGUGCGGAGGGGUGCGACAUCACCGUUUACUUCUACGAAGGCACCACAACACCGGCAAGCCUUGAGCACUUUCAAAGCUCCAGCGCGAACAUCACUUUCUUUGAGACGUCCUCGGAGAAGGCCGUCACGGGGGACGCCGACCUACUCGCGGCGAUACGUCGGGCGGAGGCGGACGAGACGGCGAACCCACUCAAGUACGAAUUUGCAGCGGGGGAUCGCGCUGGUGCAACAAAGGCGGGCGAUGUGGCAGCAGCCGCGGCAGUGACGGCAACAGGGGCACCUGCUUCAGCCGCAGAAACCGUGCGCCGCGGAGCGGGGGGUGCAGCGGCCAACCAGCGUCCGGUCACCAAGCGUGCCCGCGAUGCGGAGUCAGAGGAACGACACGGCGCUGCGCCGGACUUGCAUUUGUUACCCGACGAUAAGCUCAUUGAAAUCGCUGGGCGGAUCAACGAGGCGGUGUCAGCCUGCGACCUCCCUUCCCUACGCAUUGAACUGUGCGAUUUAGACACCGUCAACGUCACGGUGCGACAGCUGGAGACAACAAAAAUUGGCGUGGCCGUGGGCAGCAUUUUGGGCAAAAAGGCACUGGAGAAGCUGUGGCCGUUGUCGCGGGCCAUUAUUUCUGCAUGGGCGCGGGCAAUGCCUGUUGAGACGAUAGACGCCAUCAAGAGACAUCAGCAGUACCGGCUUGGAAAGCGACAGGAUGAUGCCAACAAUAAUAGCACGAUGGAGUUGGCGUUGCUGAGCCCUGUGGUGGCUGGCACACCGUCCUUCGCCGAGGCCAACGAGGCCUCCGCUGCACCGGUGCUGAAGCCGGUGGAUAAUGGCGAGCGCGUGCGGACGAGAUUUGUCCACCGCGUACGGAAGCUGCUAGACAAUCCCACCGACCCACCCAUUCCGAACGUCACCUUCGACGACCUGGACGCCGUUGCAGAAGAGAUCUGCCGCGACGUGGUGGAGCCGGAGGACCGUAAGCAUUUACAGGAGCAGCUUGAGAAGCCAGGCAUGGCGCACCUGCGGCGGAAUUUGGCGACGCGCGCGCUGAGCGGGAAGGACUUUUUGAAGCUUCCCCGCUCCGCCCUCAUGACGGACGACGAGAGGCGGAUGGAGGAGGCUCGCAUUACGAAGAUGAUUGAGGACCAGGAGAAGCUAAAGCUGGCGAACAUCGCGGUCACAAGCCUUUUCAAGUGUCCGAACUGUGGAAAGAACCGCUGCUCCUACUACGAACAGCAGACGAGGUCGGCUGAUGAGCCCACGACGAAAUUCGUCACCUGCCUCGAGUGCAAGUACAUUUGGACGACGGAGUAA